GGGGGGGGAAGAAAAGGGAUAUUUGCCAAUACUAUUUAUAGCCUAACACCCACGACCUCCACUCUUAUAUUUUGUGUGAAUUAUCCACCUAACUACCUACUUUCAUUCCAUUCCAUUCCAUUUCUUAAAAAUUACAAACUCAACGCACACUCACAACCAAAAGCAAACAAAAACAAGUAGCUAGCUAGUGAUUUAGCAAACUACAUACAAAUUUGAACUUCAUUCUCUUCUACCCAAAAUAAUGGAUUUGGAAACCAACAACACUAAGGACUUCACCAAUGAUGGCACCAUGGAUCUUCGUGGCCGGCCCGUGAUCGCCUCUAAGACGGGCAAAUGGAAGGCUUGUGCUUUUCUUCUUACUUAUGAAGCAUGUGAAAGAAUGGCCUUUUAUGGAAUAGCGUCAAACUUGGUGGUUUAUUUGACUACCCAACUUCAUGAAGACACUAUUUCAUCGGUUAGAAAUGUGAAUAAUUGGAAUGGAGUGGUAUGGAUGACACCGAUCCUUGGAGCUUACAUCGCCGACGCUUAUCUUGGUCGAUUUUGGACUUUCACCAUCUCUUCUCUCAUCUAUGUCCUGGGCAUGGUACUCUUGACAAUGGUUGUUUCCAUUAAGUCCUUCAAACCAACAUGUACCACUGGAACAUGCAACACUGGCUCUUCACUUCCAAUUGUGUUAUUUUACGCUUCUCUUUACAUCAUUGCCAUAGGCGCGGGAGGCACAAAGCCUAAUAUUUCGACAUUUGGGGCAGACCAGUUUGAUGAUUUCGAUCCAAGUGAGAAAGAGCUCAAAGUCUCCUUCUUCAAUUGGUGGAUGUUUUGUGCCUUCUUAGGUGGUUUAUUUGCCACUUUAGGGCUUGUGUAUAUCCAAGAAAACUUGGGCUGGGGGUUAGGUUAUGGUAUACCUACCAUUGCCCUCAUCUUAUCUUUGAUGGUGUUCUAUUUGGGAACUCCAACAUACCGACACAAGCCUAAAAACAUAAAGAGUCCUGCAACAGAUAUCGUGAAAGUUGUUACUAAUUCAAUGGCUAAUUGGAAACUUAAGGUUCCUACUGAGCCUAACCAACUACAAGUGGUUCGACCACCUUACUACAUCACCGAUGGAAAAACCCUAGAAAAUAAUGGACCUUCAAUUUUCAGGUUUUGGGACAAGGCAAGCAUAAAAGAAGGUAGCUCGAGGCUACCAUGCACAGAAGCACAAGUUGAGAAAACAAAGCAAGUAUGUGGGAUGAUUAUGAUAUGGCUAGUACUCCUCAUACCUAGCACAAUUUGGGCUCAAAUUAACACCCUCUUUAUUAAACAAGGAACUACCCUAAACCGUCACAUAGGAAGUACCUUCCAAGUCCCGGCCGCCUCCCUAACUAGCUUUGUUACCCUAUCAAUGCUCCUCACCGUGCCUUUUUACGACCGCUACUUCGUGCCCUUUAUGCGAGCAAAAACCGGCAAUCCUAGAGGGAUCACCAUCCUCCAACGACUAGGCAUUGGUUGCAUCAUCCAAAUUGUGGCCAUAGCAUUCGCCUACGUAGUGGAGAUGCAAAGAAUGCAUGUAAUUAAGGAGGAACAUGUACUAGGUAAAAAUGCUAGGGUUCCAAUGAGCAUAUUUUGGCUAUUGCCUCAAUAUGUACUUAUUGGUGUGGCGGAUGUGUUCAACUCGAUUGGUUUGCUUGAGUUUUUCUACGAUCAAUCCCCGGAUGACAUGCAAAGCCUAGGGACAACGUUUUUUACUAGCGCGAUUGGAGUUGGAAAUUUCUUGAAUAGCUUUCUUAUUACCAUGGUAGAUAAGUUGACAGGUAAAAAUGGGGGGAAGAGAUGGAUAGGUAACAAUUUGAAUGAUUGUCACUUGGACUAUUACUACUUGUUCUUGUUUGGGUUGGCUAUUGUGAAUAUGGGGGCAUUUUUAUGGGCAUCAAGUGUUUAUGUGUACAAAAGGGAGCCUAAAAUUGUGCAAGAGGAUGGCAACUAUGCUCACAUGGAAGGGAAGAUUGUAGAUGCUACACUAGGAUUAUAAAUAUGUAUUAGGUUAAUUUAAUUAACUAGGAAGGUUGUUAAGUUUUUAAUUUGUAAGCUUUCUUUAUAGUGUAUUAGUCUAAGUGAUGAUAUAAAUAAGAAUUCGUCACUGGAUGUCACUUAAGAAUAGAUUUUCCGUAUAUUAGACUUGGUAAAAUUAAUUAAUCUCUA